ACGCCGCAGACGCCCGGCCAGGGGGGCCCGGCCAGCACUUUGGCCCAGACGGCGGGCGGCGGCCAGGGGGGGCCCGGCGGCCCCGGCGGCGACAAGCAGCAGCAGCAGCAGCACAUCGAGUGCGUGGUGUGCGGGGACAAGUCGAGCGGCAAGCACUACGGCCAGUUCACGUGCGAGGGCUGCAAGAGCUUCUUCAAGCGCAGCGUGCGGAGGAACCUGAGCUACACGUGCCGCGCCAACCGGAACUGUCCCAUCGACCAGCACCACCGCAACCAGUGCCAGUACUGUCGCCUCAAAAAGUGCCUCAAAGUGGGCAUGAGACGGGAAGGUAUCGGCCUCUCAUUUCUCCCCCCCCUCGCCCCCGACCACGGGCAGUUCGCUCCUGACCAACCGGGACCCCCUUCAACUGCCACUUGUACCCUGUCGGGAUAUAUCUCGCUGUUGCUGCGCGCCGAGCCCUACCCCACGUCCCGCUUCGGCAGCCAGUGCAUGCAGCCCAACAACAUCAUGGGCAUCGAGAACAUUUGCGAACUGGCCGCCCGGAUGCUCUUCAGCGCCGUCGAGUGGGCCCGGAACAUCCCCUUCUUCCCCGACCUGCAGAUCACCGACCAGGUGGCCCUGCUUCGCCUCACCUGGAGCGAGCUGUUCGUGCUCAACGCGGCCCAGUGCUCCAUGCCCCUCCACGUCGCCCCGCUCCUGGCCGCCGCCGGCCUCCACGCCUCGCCCAUGUCCGCCGACCGGGUGGUCGCCUUUAUGGACCACAUACGCAUCUUCCAGGAGCAAGUGGAGAAGCUCAAGGCCCUGCACGUGGACUCCGCCGAGUACAGCUGCCUCAAGGCCAUAGUCCUGUUCACCUCAGAUGCCUGUGGUCUGUCGGAUGUAGCCCACGUGGAAAGCUUGCAGGAAAAGUCCCAGUGCGCGUUGGAAGAGUAUGUCAGGAGCCAGUACCCCAACCAGCCCACGCGAUUCGGCAAGCUGUUGCUUCGUCUCCCUUCCCUGCGCACCGUCUCCUCCUCUGUCAUAGAGCAAUUGUUUUUCGUCCGUUUGGUAGGUAAAACCCCCAUCGAAACCCUUAUCCGGGAUAUGUUACUGUCCGGCAGCAGUUUUAACUGGCCGUAUAUGGCAAUUCAAUAAAAAAAAAAAAAUCCAAGUAAGAAGGGGGAGUGAAGCAGAGAAAGCAAAAAGGCAAAAGACUGGUUUGUUUGCUUAAUUCCUUCUGUUAAGAAAGGAUAUACAAGGAUGUUACACGUUUGCUAAAAAAAAAAAAAAAGAAGAGAGGGGAAGAACUUAAUGGACUGUGAAUUUCCAAAACAUUAAGAGACUGUCAAAUGAACUUUUACAGAAUGCAUUAAAAAAAAACAACAACUCCUGUGUCGGUCAGAACAACUUGCUACUUAUCAUUUUUUUUUUGUAUAAAAAGGAAAUUAGUCUUUUUCUUUUUUUUUUUGGUAAAUUUUUGAAAAAUAUUGCUAAAAGUGCAUUUAAGGAGAUUGGGAGAAAAUGAGCAGAAUGGAGAAAGUAAGUCUUUUUUUUUUUUCCAAAUUAUUCAUUGUCCUGUGUCUGUACCUCUAGCUGUUCUUUUUUGUAUUUUCCUGGUUCUAAACCAGUUUAUUCUGUGGUUCUAUAAUAAGUUUUGAUAUAAUCUUGGCUUCUUAAAAACUGUGUAUCCUUAAAGUAUAUGUUCUGCAAGAAUUAAAACUGAGUCCAUGAAAAUAUCAUAGGAAGACAUUAAAACUUUUUAAAAGGAAACUCAGAGCUGAUGGGAACGCACUUAGAGGUGGUGGCCAAAAAUUUUAGGUGAAGUUGAGCUAAUUUGAGAUCUGCAAGAACCACAUACAACACUUAACUCCCCCUCCCUGCCCCCCCCCAAAAGACACCAAGACAAACCUAGCUUUUUAAAAAAUAUUUUAAGAAAGAGAAUGAACUGUGGAAUUUAUUGGCAGCCAAGGAAUGUGUCCAAGACACAUGCUGAGGUUUUGAAUAAAAAGUGAACUUUUGUAAUUUGAAUUGGGUCCCGCGCUAAGUUCUUGAAUUGUUAUGAAAAAUCCUCUAUCUGUUUGUAUAUUUGCAAACCCUUUGUAUUAUAACUGUUGAUAUUCCCUUUUUAAAAAAAAAUACCCAUUGAAAUCAGCAUGACAAAAUUACACUGUUGGCACUUAUAGAUAAUGUGAUUGAUUCAGUAUCUUAGAGUUUACAGUUUGUGUUUUAAAAAAAACUGAAGGUUUUUUUUUUAAAGUGCAACAUUUCUGUAUACUGUAAAAGUUAUAAUAACUGAACUGUUUGGUCGAGUCUUUGUGUGUUAUAUUCCAAGGAAAAUUUGAAAGUAUUCAGAAAUUAAAAUAUUAUUUGAUAUCUGAAACCUGUUUGGCUGUCCCCACUCACUGAUUUGCCAUAGACAAGAGCCCCCUAAGAGCUGUCCCCAGUGGGGCUGGAGGGUCCAUUUGUUGACGAUCCUCAGUUUGUUCCAAAGUGGACUAGUGUUACUGCCUGCUUAAUUUGGGAAUGUUGGGGGGGAGGGGAAGCUGAAGUUAAUGGUUUAUCUAUGGUUUUAGGAAGUGCCAUCCUGAUUUGGUAAACCACCCCCCUUCACCUAAUCCUCUUUUUAAUUAAAAAUGGAUUUUCCAGGAAAAAAAAAUAAAGGCCCUUAUAUUUGUCACACUUAAGUGCCUGCUUAGGGAAGAGAAGGUAUUGUGCAGUCUUAGAAAUCUGGAGAUCAGUAUCUAUUUUAUGAUCAGGAAAAUAAAUAGUGUUUUGUACAUUUCUGACGCAGGAGACUGUGUACAAGGAGUUUUUCCUAAAGUAGGUGUGAUUUUAAAAAAUAUAUAUUCUGUGGUUUCUUAGCUAGCGAAGCUGUUGAGAGGAUUUUAAAUGCUGUGCUGAGGGGUCUGCUUUUACUGUCUAUGUGACAACUGCCUGUCCCCUCCCCGCUUCCGUGAGGGCCUGACAGGGCCACUGGCGUUCUGUGCCUGAAAACACAUGGACAUCCUGACAUUUCAGACCGUGUGGACGCACUGCUCAUGGGACCCUUGGUCCUGAGGAGCCAAAUUAAGGAAAAGGAGAGAGAGAGAGAGGGAGAGAGAGAGAGAAGGAAGGAAGGAAGGAAACUUGACUGACAGGGUGUGCUGAGUUGGAAGUAGGGGCUAUUUUGUUUGGGAGUCUCUUCCCUCCUCCCCACCCCACCCCCCUUCCCCGGUGUGGAGAAAGCUCAGCUCCUGGGAGCUUGCAAUUUUGUUCUGGUUGAGGCUCUCUCUCCAGCACCCCACCCCCCAUUUCCCUGUGUUGUGGUUUAAUUUAAAAACGGGGUGGGGAGGGGAGGAGACAGAAAAGGGGUCAUUUUGCAAAGUCUAUUAAACUUGGAGACUCAGGUGCCAGGCGGUGCAUGUAGAGCAGGACUCUGCUGUGAUGUGAGCAUCUGGGCAGCUCCCCAGCGCACCCUCGGCUUCCUUGGGUAGCUCCGCACAUACAUGACGCUAAGCAUGUUCUUAGGGCAGAAGAGCCCUGACCUUUUGGGUGGAGGUUCUGUCCUCCCGCACCAAGUGCUGUCCAUGCGAGCCUGUGAAGUUGGUCCAGUCAAGUCCCACACAGGCCCGGCUCCUGCCUUGUUUUGUGUUAGCUUAUUGUAAACAGCCAUUUGUUGUAAAUGAUUAUUGGCAUUAAAUGAUAAUUUAUGAUUUCUCAAA